AAAUACGGCGUCGCUGUCCCUAUCGAUCUAUUUUUGUAGCGUCCAUAUUGAAAAACCCGUCAUAUCCAUCGCACGUGGAAAUGUUUUUUUCGAUAGUCCUACAAUAAAAAAACAGAUCUGUCAUAUCCUAAUAUAACUGGUGAUUAUAUUUUCGUUUGAGUAGAUUAAAACCUAUUACUCAUCAACGCCUCCACAACCUAACUAAAGCAACUACAAAAUGAGUUAUAGGAUAUAAAUUAUGCAAUAAUACAGCAAUUUAUCAUUAAAUAUUGAUUAGAAUAAAGUGUAAACGAUGAAAGGAAUGCGAUAAAUCUUGAUAAGCAUACAAACGACGAUAAGAUCAGACAUUUCCAAGUGUUAUCUGCUCAUGAACCACCCACGAAACGAUGAGUGUUUCCGAUGAGAGCGUCAACAUACAAGAGCUAGCGUCACCUACCGCCGAUUACUCAAACAUUUCAAACACAUUAAAUUGGUUCACCACAAUUUUGCAGUGACUCAAGAAGAUAUGUUCAAAAUUAAUACGAAAGCGGAUACUAAUGCCGCACAGAGGCAAGCGAAGACGACACCGCUCGUCGACGACUACGAGAUCUCCAACAAAGUGUUGGGCCUAGGGAUCAACGGCAAGGUGGUGCAGUGCGCCAAUCGCAAAACCAAACAAAAGUAUGCGCUCAAAGUGCUGCUGGACAAUCCGAAGGCUAGGCGCGAGGUGGACUUGCAUUGGCGUGCGAGCGGUUGUCGGCAUAUUGUCAACAUAAUCGACGUCUACGAGAACACAUAUGGCGGCAAUAAAUGUCUGCUCGUCGUGAUGGAGUGCAUGGAAGGUGGUGAACUGUUUCAGCGCAUACAAGACAACGCCGAUGGCAACUUUUCGGAGCGUGAGGCCGCACAGAUCAUGCAUGAAAUCUGCAUUGCCGUACAUUACCUGCACAGUCGAGAUAUUGCGCAUCGUGACUUAAAGCCAGAGAAUCUGCUGUAUACCAGCAAUGAUAAGGAUGCCAUAUUGAAAUUAACAGAUUUCGGUUUCGCAAAGGAGACGUUUGUAAAGGACACAUUACAGACCCCCUGCUAUACGCCGUAUUAUGUUGCUCCCGAGGUGCUUGGCCCCGAGAAAUACGACAAAAGCUGUGACAUCUGGUCGCUGGGUGUCAUCAUGUACAUACUGCUGUGCGGUUUUCCACCAUUCUACAGCAACAACGGCCUGGCCAUUUCACCCGGCAUGAAGAAGCGUAUACGCACCGGUCAAUAUGACUUUCCCAACCCGGAAUGGGCCAACGUUAGUCAAGCAGCCAAGGACUUAAUCAAAGGCAUGCUCAAUGUUGACCCCACCAAACGUUUGACAAUCGAACAAGUGAUCAGAAAUAAAUGGAUUGCACAAUAUACACAAGUGCCACAGACACCGCUCUGCACGGGGCGCAUGCUCAAGGAGGGUGAGGAGACAUGGCCGGAGGUGCAGGAGGAAAUGACGCGUUCAUUGGCUACAAUGCGCGUCGACUACGAUCAGGUGAGCGAAAAAAUGCAUGUGAAAGCGCUGGACAAAUCCAAUAAUGCAUUGCUGACGAAACGGCGAAAAAAGUUAGAGGAAGAAUUGGCGGCACAGAAGAAAAAGUAAAUAGUUUUCAGCGCGAUAAAAAGAUGAAAAGUGAGUUGCCGCAGAUUUAUCAAUAAUCAAACAUACAUACAUAUGUAUAUGUAUUUUGAAUUAAAAUGUGAAAGGAAAGUAUAAUUGUAAGUGCAGGGAUUGAUGCAGCAAAGUAAAUUACAUACUUAUAUGUAUAUGUACAUACAUACACACUUAGUGGAGCAGGCGAAAGCAUAAAUACGUAGAUGGUAAAUGGUAAAUGGACUCGAGGUGCGUGCGGAGCUGGUUUGUAUCUACAAGCGAUCCACAGCAGCUCCCGAAGAUUUCGGUUAAUUUUUUUUUUUUAAUUGAUAAAUACAGCAAUUUUGCUGGUGUUUUUGUGCUAUUUUUACAUGAAUACAAUAACUAGUAUUUACCAAUAAGUGCAUAAAUAAACAUGUACGUAUAUAGCAUACAUACAUACAUAUAUGUAUAACACGUAAGUGCUCUUUUUCCUUUACUGUGUAAAAGCUUAGUUUUGUAGAUUAGAAUAUGCGCGUUGAUUGCUUAUAGCAAACGCUAAUUAAUUGAUUACUUCACUUAAAUAUAAAUACUUGAAUACAUACAUAUGUAUGUAUUUACGUAGCAUUAAAAUACGCUAAAUGUAAAACGGUUGCGUGAGGCAAAAGUGAUUUUUGUGGCAAAGAAUACAUUUAUACAUUAAUAUUUAUGUAUGUAAUUGAAAAUGAAAUAAAAACAUAUUGACAAAUCA